AUGUCGGCUCUCGUCCAGGACUCCCCUGACCGAGCCGUCACAGCCAUUGAGCCUCUGACAGGAAGCGAUAACUACGCUACCUGGAAGCGCCUCAUGACUUCCUACUUGAAAGCCAGGCAGGUCUGGGAUGUGGUGUCGGGCGACCUCCAGCGUCCAGAUUGCCAGUUCAAAUAUGCCAAGCCAAUCACGGCGGAUAUCACUCCGCUUGUGGAGCCCCACCUUAAUGGGGCGGUGCGGCAGAGGGCCAUCGAAGCACGCCUCGAAGUGGAGGUCCAAGCUUUCGAGCGUCAUAAGGAAUGGUCGCGGCGCGAAGCCGAGGCCUACCAUAUCAUCUUCCGGUAUCUAUCGCCCAAUAUCAGUGUGCACGUCGCGGGACUGGAGACAUCCCGGGAGCUCUGGAAUGAGCUGGAAGAACGAUAUCGGCGAAUGGAGCUGGCCACCACACGGGAAUUUGUCGAUCGUGUGCGGUUACUGGUACACCGGCUGAAUGCCAUUGCUCCGGGAUCCAUCGGUGACCGAACACACAUCGCGAUUCUGUUGACCCAAAUCGGACCGGAAUACGUCCUCGUCGUGGAUGCCAUCCAGAACGACAAGGACCCGGUCAAUCCAACGACGAUUGGAAACCGUCUCGCCAACGCCGAGCAGACGGUGCAGCGAAAGGACGCUGCUACGGUCCCGCACGGAGUGUCAGGACCCUCAAACAACGCCUCUAUCAAUACGGUGCAGAAGACCGCAAAGAAAUGCACCUACUGUAAGAAGCGCGGCCAUGUGGCCGUGGACUGCUGGAAGAAACAGCGCGAACAGCAACCGCCAAGGGACCAUGCCCUAAAGACGGAAAGGAGUGUUUCUGGCUCACCAAGACACAAUUUGCAAACCAUACCAGUAAGCCAGAGGGAAGAACGGCAGGGCCCGCCGACUUCCAAGAGACCGCGGAUCAAUAUCGUGAGGGCGAGGGUGACGACCCUUUAUACCCACGCGCCGGCUUCCUCCUCUCGGUGGAUCCUGGAUUCGGCCGCCACCAGCCACAUCUGUUGGGAUCGGAGCUGCUUUGUUAGCUUGCGGCCGUACCGUGAGAUGUUGGACACGGCGGGCGAUCCAGUGGAAGCCGAAGGGAUUGGUACGGUGAAGCUCACGCUCCGGGGGAAGUCCAGCCACCCCCUGGUGUUGAAGAACGUGUAUUUCGCGCCACGCAUCGGGAUGAACCUGAUCAGCGUGCCGAAGCUAUUACGCGACCGCUACUCGGUGGUGGCGCACCCACAGAACGUCUUUGUGCAGCGCCGAGGACGAACCGUGGGGACCGCCUACCAUGCGGAGGAGGAUCUGUUGAUCCUGCGGUGCCAUGUGAGCCCAAGAUCCCGAGAGCGAGUCCAACUGGCGAGGGCGCCGACAAACCGUGGGCAUGCAGAUCCCCUGGAACCGCAGGCGGUGGUCAUGGAUGUCGACGACCCUCAGGAGUCAAGUGGCGUAGGAUGCGCAUCGCCAACCUCUGAACUCGGUGGUGAAGCUCGGAUACUCGAAGAAGAUGCGUGCACAGGAGUGAACCAGGCCUCCGAAGCAUUGUGGCACGCUCGGAUGGGACAUCUGAACCGGGGUGACUUGAGGGUGGUCCUCCGGCAGACCGGCACUCCGUACCGACCGCUGACGCACAGCGAACUGCUGGCAACGCCGCAGUGUCCAGCGUGUAUGUCGGGCAAGCAGCAUCAGAAGAGGAACUCCCGUGCAAGACGGCCACGUCUGCACUCGUCAAGAAUCUUUGAAAUGAUCCAUUCGGACAUUAUGGAAAUGCCAGUUGCUAAAGAUGGCUCUAGGUACGUGAUCACCUUUACUGACGAUUAUUCGCGCGGCUCCUGGGCCUAUGCCAUGAGAUGGAAAUAUGAAGCGCUGCAGAAGUUUCGACAAUUCGAGGCCUGGGUGCACCGACAGUUCGGCGCCCAGAUCAAAAGGUUCCUCACCGAUAAUGGGAGAGAAUACUUGCCGAUCGGAACACACCUCGAGUCCCAGGGAGUUGAGUUUGACACGUCGCCGCCAUACUGCAAAGGGCAGAACGGGCUGGCGGAACGCACGAAUCGCACUAUCCGGGAGCGGAUCAACACGCUCCUGUCCGAUGCGAAACUUCCUCCUUCCUGGUGGACCGAGCUCUUAGACACGGUAGUCUAUCUUAAGCUGCGCGCGCCAGCAUCAAUCCUACAGAAGAAGACACCGUAUGAAGUCAUCUACGGGAAGCCACCCAAGCUGUUGCAUCUACGACGGAUCGGCUCCCGCGCAUGGGUAUUGAUCCCCAAAGAGCAUCGGGCGAAGAUCGGACCACGAUCGUCAGAGUGCCGACUGCUCGGGUACUGCGAACCCAAUCAGUACAAGCUUUAUGAAGUACACUCUGGAAGGACCAUCUUUUCCCGUGAUGUCGAGUUCGAUGAAAGGACCCCUGUGGCGCCACUCAUCGAGGGGGAAACAGGCAACGACCUCCCGGACAAUGCUCCUCCAUCACCUAUCUUUCCUGAACCAAUGCUGCCUCCAUCUGGUGGGCCACCUACGCCGCCGCCAUCUCCUGACAAACUAGAGAACGCUGCUCCUUGUGAGCGAGUUAAUAACGUGCCGUCUGAUUCUGAACCGGUUGAUGUUCCCUCACCAGUCAAUCCAAUCCAGCACGAAACAGAGGCCACACAGGACCUUGGUUAUUCUUUGUAUGGCCGAAGACGAAGACCUUCCAGGCGUCUCUUAGAGUCUCUAGGCAAGGUGUAUGCGACAGGGACAUUGAAUGCAACUGUCGCAAAAGACGUGGAUCCUCUGACCUUCCACGAAGCUGUGUCAGGACCCAAUCAGCUGGAAUGGUGGGCUGCGAUCCAGAAAGAAUACGCUUCUCUUCUCGAGUAUGGCACAUGGGAGAAAGUUCCACGAAAUGAAGUUCCCCCCGGGGAUCGGAUUAUUGGCUGUAAGUGGGUAUUCAAGACGAAGACUAAUGGAAUCCGGAAAGCGCGAUUGGUGAUCAAAGGCUACCGACAGAAACAUGGCAUCGACUAUCACGAAACCUUCGCGGCUGUAUCCCGAAUGGAUUCGGUCCGCAGCAUCGUUGCGAGUGCCGUGCUGCGUGGGUGGAAACUCCACCAAUUCGAUGCCGUCACUGCGUUCCUCCACGGUGAUGUCGACUCGUCAAUCUACAUGGAGCUACCAGAGGGCUUUGAGGAAGAUGGAUACGUUUGCCGCCUUCGACGCUCCUUGUACGGACUAAAGCAGGCACCACGGAUUUGGUACCAAUGCGUCCACCGUGUCCUGGUAGCUCACGGCUUUACCAUGGCCCAGUCCGACAACUGUGUUUUCUAUAAGCCUAACUGUGUCGUCUGCGUGUACGUUGACGACUUUCUGGUCGCAGCCGCGGACGACGCCGAGAUCCAGCAGCUUCGAAGGGCCUUGGAAUCGGAGUUCAAACUGAACGAUCUGGGAAAGCCGCGUUCAUUCCUAGGAAUUCAGUUUGACUUCCACGCGGACGGAUCGAUUUCGAUUCACCAACAUCAAUACAUCCAAAAGGUCCUCUCUGACUUUUGCAUGGAGACCUGUCAACCGAAGUCUACACCGAUGGCUCCGAAAGUUCUCCUGAAUAACGUUCCCGACGGGAGCGACCUGGAUGAAGAUACGAAGGCUCGGUUCGGGACCGCAAUCGGAUCACUGAUGUAUCUUAUGGUCGGUACGCGCCCUGACAUCGCGUUUGCGCUUGGGACGUUGAGUCGUUUCACAUCCCGACCGCAGUCGCAUCAUCAAGCCGCACUGCAGAGACUGCUACGCUAUGUCAAGGCCACUCAAUUCUAUCGCAUCACAUACCGCAGCGGGCAGUUGAUCGGAUACACCGAUGCCGACUUUGGUGGCUCGGUCGUCACUGAUGGUGCAUACUCCACGUCCGGCUAUGUGUUCAAACUUGCGGGAGCACCAGUUUCCUGGUCGUCCAAAAGACAGGGGGAAGUAGCGACGUCCACGACUCACGCCGAGUAUAUUGGCCAAUACAAUGCCAUCCUUCACCUACAAUGGCUCCGCACGUUCCUGGCAGAGACCGACCUGUUUCGAUCGCCGGUGACCAACAUCAUGGCUGACAACCAAUCCGCCAUUGCUCUCUCCCGUAAUCCUGAGUUUCACAAACGGACGAAGCAUUUCAACGUGAAGUUCCAUUACCAGCGAGCUGUUCUGAAUUCAGGAGAGAUUAGUCUCGAAUAUAUUCCAACCGAGGAACAAGCAGCUGAUGGACUCACCAAGCCUUUGGGGCCUUCUCCAUUUAUUAAGUUCUGCAAGCUUUUGGGAAUCUGCACUGAAGAACACAUGAAGGAAGAUGUCACACGGGAAUUUGUCGAUCGUGUGCGGUUGCUGGUGCACCGGCUGAAUGCCAUUGCUCCGGGAUCCAUCGGCGACCGAGCACACAUCGCAAUUCUAUUGACACAGAUCGGACCGGAAUACGUCCUCGUCGUGGAUGCGAUCCAGAAUGACAAGGACCCCGUCAAUCCGACGACGAUUGGAAACCGUCUCGCUAACGCCGAGCAGACGGUGCAGCGAAAGGACGCUGCUACGCUCCCACGCGGAGCGCAAGGGUCCUCAAGCAACACCUCUAUCAAUACGGUUCAGAAGACCGCGAAGAAAUGUGCCUACUGUAAGAAGCGCGGCCAUGUAGCCGCGGAGUGCUGGAAGAAACAGCGCGAACAGCAACCGUCAAGGGACCAUGCCCUCAAGACGGAAAGGAGUGUUUCUGGCUCACCAAGACACGAUUUACAACUCAUACCAUCAAGCCAGAGGGAAGAACGGCAGGGCCCGCCGACUUCCAAGAGACCGAGGAUCAAUAUCGUGAGGGCGAGGGUGACGACCCUUUAUACCCACGCGCCGACUCCAUCCUCUCGGUGGAUCUUGGAUUCAGCCGCUACCAGCCACGUCUGUUGGGAUCGGAGCUGCUUUGUUAGCUUGCGGCCCCAUCGUGAGAUGUUGGAUACGGCGGGCGAUCCAGUGGAAGCCGAAGGGAUUGGUACGGUGAAGCUCACGCUCUGGGGGAAGUUCAACCACCCCCUGGUGUUGAAGAACGUGUAUUUUGCGCCACGCAUCGGAAUGAACCUGAUCAGCGUGCCGAACCUGCUACGUGACCGCUACUCGGUGGUGGCACACCCGCAGAACGUCUUUGUGCAACGCCGAGGACGAACAGUGGGGACCGCCUACCAUGCGGAGGAGGAUCUGUUGAUCCUGCGGUGCUAUGUGAGCCAAAGAUCCCGAGAACGAGUCCAACUGGCGAGGGCGCCGGCGGACUGUGUCCAUGCAGAUUCCCUGGAACCGCAGGCGGUGGACAUGGACGUCGACGACCCUCUGGAGUCAAGUGGUGCGCAAAGCGCGGCGACCACCUCUGAACUCGGUGGUGAAGCUCGGAUACUCGAAGAAGAUGCGAGCGAAGGAGUGGACCAGGCCACCGAAGCGCUGUGGCACGCUCGGAUGGGACAUCUGAACCGGGGCGACUUAAGGGUGGUCCUCCGUCAGACCGGCACUCCGUACCGACCGCUGACUCGGGCAGAACUGCUGGCAACGCCGCAGUGUCCGGCGUGUAUGUCGGGUAAGCAGCAUCAGAAGAGAAACUCCCGUGCAAGACGGCCACGUCUGCACUCGUCAAGAAUAUUUGAAAUGAUCCAUUCGGACAUUAUGGAAAUGCCAGUUGCCAAAGAUGGCUCCAGGUACGUUAUCACCUUCACUGACGAUUAUUCUCGUGGCUCGUGGGCCUAUGCCAUGAGAUGGAAACAUGAAGCGCUGCAGAAGUUUCGACAAUUUGAAACCUGGGUGCACCGACAGUUCGGCGCCAAGAUUAAACGGUUCCUCACCGACAAUGGACGAGAAUACUUGCCGAUCGGAACACACCUCGAGUCCCAGGGAGUCGAGUUUGACACGUCGCCGCCAUACUGCAAAGGGCAGAACGGACUGGCUGAGCGAACGAACCGCACUAUCCGGGAGCGGAUCAACACGCUCCUGUCCGAUGCGAAACUUCCUCCUUCCUGGUGGCCCGAGAUCUUGGAAACGGUAGUCUAUUUAAAACUGCGCGCGCCAGCAUCAAUCCUACAGAAAAAGACACCGUACGAAGUCAUCUACGGGAAGCUGCCCAAGCUGUUGCAUCUGCGACGGAUCGGCUCCCGCGCAUGGGUAUUGAUUCCAAAAGAGCAUCGGAGGAAACUCGGACCACGAUCGUCUGAAUGCCGACUGCUCGGUUACUGCGAACCCAACCAGUACAAGCUUUACGAAGUACACUCUGGAAGGACAGUCUUCUCCCGUGAUGUCGAGUUCGAUGAAAGGACCCCUGUGGCGCCGUUCAUCGAGGGGGAAACAGGCAACGACCUCCCGGACAACGCUCCUCCAUCACCUGUCUUUCCUGAACCAAUACUGCCUCCAUCGGGCACGCCGCUUACGCCGCCUCCGUCUCCUGACGGACCAGAGAACGUACCUCCUGAUCCAGUUGAUAAUGUGCCUUCUCAACCGGUCGAUAUCCCUUCACCAGUCAAUCCAAUCCCUAGCGAAACACAAGCCACACCGGACCUUGGCUAUUCAUUGUAUGGCCGAAGACGAAGACCUUCCAGGCGUCUCUUGGAGUCGCUAGGCAAGGUGUAUGCGACAGGGACAUUGAAUGCCACCGCUGCAAAAGACGUUGAUCCCUCAACCUUCAACGACGCUGUGUCGGGACCGAAUCAGUUGGAGUGGUGGGCAGCCAUUCAGAAAGAAUAUAUGUCUCUUCUCGAGCAUGGAACAUGGGAAAAGGUUCCACGAAAAGAAGUUCCCGUCGGAAAUCAUAUCAUUGGCUGUAAGUGGGUAUUCAAGACCAAGGAUAAUGGAAUCCGGAAAGCACGACUGGUGAUCAAAGGCUACCGACAGAAACAAGGCAUCGAUUAUCACGAAACUUUCGCUGCUGUAUCCCGUAUGGAUUCCGUCCGCAGCAUCGUUGCGAGUGCCGUGCUGCGCGGAUGGAAACUCCACCAAUUCGAUGCCGUCACUGCUUUCCUACAUGGGGAUGUCGACUCCGCCAUCUAUAUGGAGCUGCCAGAGGGGUUUGAAGAGGAUGGAUACGUUUGCCGUCUUCAACGCUCCUUAUACGGACUGAAGCAGGCACCACGGAUCUGGUACCAGUGCGUUCACCGCGUCUUAGUGGCUCACGGGUUUACCAUGGCCCAGUCCGACAAUUGUGUCUUCUAUAAGUCUAACUGUGUCGUCUGCGUCUACGUCGAUGACUUCCUUGUUGCAGCAGCGGACGACGCCGAGAUCCAGCAACUUCGAAUGGCCCUGGAAUCGGAGUUCAAGCUGAACGACCUGGGAACCCCGUGUUCAUUCCUCGGAAUCCAAUUCGAGUUCCACGCAGAUGGACGUGUUUCGAUCCACCAACACCAAUACAUCCAAAAGGUCCUUUCCGACUUUUGCAUGGAGUCCUGUCAACCGAAGUCUACACCGAUGGCUCCAAAGGCUCUCCUGAAUUACAUUCCGGAAGGAAGCGAGCUAGACGAAGACGCUAAAUCACGGUUCGGGUCCGCUAUCGGGUCGUUGAUGUAUCUCAUGGUCGGAACACGCCCUGAUAUCGCGUUUGCGCUUGGGACGUUGAGUCGCUUCAUAUCCCGACCGCAACUGCAUCAUCAGGCCGCACUACAGAGACUGCUGCGUUAUAUCAAAGCCACGCUUUUCUACCGCAUCACAUACCGCAGCGGGCAGUUGAUCGGAUACACGGAUGCCGACUUUGGUGGCUCCGUCGUCACUGACGGUGCAUACUCCACGUCUGGCUAUGUAUUCAAACUUGCCGGAGCACCAGUUUCCUGGUCAUCCAGAAGGCAGGGGGAAGUGGCCACGUCCACGACCCACGCCGAGUACAUUGGCCAGUAUAACGCCAUCCUUCACCUACAAUGGCUCCGCACUUUUCUGGCGGAAACGCACCUGUUCCAAUCACCGGUGACCAAUAUCAUGGCUGACAAUCAAUCUGCCAUUGCACUUUCCCGCAACCCUGAGUUUCACAAACGGACGAAGCACUUCAAUGUGAAGUUCCAUUAUCAGCGAGCAGUUCUGAACACAGGAGAAAUUAGUCUCGAAUACGUUCCUACCGCGGAACAGGCCGCUGAUGGACUCACCAAGCCUCUGGGACCCUCUCCAUUCACCAAGUUCUGCAACCUCUUAGGUAUCGACACGGAAGAGCUCAUAAAGGAAAAUGUGUAA